AUGACUAAAUACUUUUAAACAUAAAAAAUUAAAUAAAAGAGCAAAUUGAGAGAAAUAAGCAGAGAUAGAUAUUAGGAGACUAUGGAAUCAAUAACUAUUAUUUUUUUUACUAAAAUAUUAAAUUGUUUUCAAAUAAUUUUGCUCGUUCUAAUUUUUUAAGAAUAAUUUAUUGAGUUAAAAAUAAACAAAGCAAUAUAUUAACAAAAUAAAUUGAAAUAUGUUUCAUAAAAUUAAAUUAGGCUACAUACAACACUAAAAAUCUAAAAUGAUUAAAAUAUAUUAUAAUUUUAGGAUAUAUCCAUUAAAAGGAGGAAGGAAUAUUAGGCGAAUACCUCAGUUAAGUCAAAGCUUAACUCAAAAUUCUAAAAGAAAUUCUAACAUUCUAGAACUUAUCUAAAAUUUGGAAUAGACAGACCUCAACUAAUUAGGCAAUCUUUGAUUCUUGUUCAAUCCAAAAUAGUUUUAUCUCAUAAAAAAUGA